CACAUAUGGAUAUAUUAUUGCUUAUGGUAUAAGUUUUCAAUUCAGUCAAAAGGAAUUGAUUAAUCAUUGAUGAGAAUCUCCUGUGGGCUGAAUGAUCUUUUAAACAGGCUGCUGAACUUCUUGACUUGUUGUUGGUGACCAGACUUCAUCAUGGUUGUCAGCAGGAUUCACAUUAGUAAAAGGCUACUGUUAGCCUGCUUCCUCUUUCUCUGUGUCUAUGGACAAACUUCAGGACUGGACAGCAAAUAUAAUGAAAAUAACAGAGGCCCUAGAACUGAACCCUGCAGAAUACCACAGGAUAAUGGAGAGGAAUCAGACACAGAGUGACCAACAGUCAAGGUAUUUCAUGGUGACGUUUCCUGCAGUGAUAGAGUCUGGAUCUGAGGCUACACUGUGUAUGAGUUUUCUGAACCCUGAAGAAACUUUGCUAAUGACUAUUUAUCGGGUUCACAACAACCAGAACAGAAUAAUUCUACAGGAGAGAGUGGAGGAAGAAUUUCACCGCUGCUCUCAGUUUAAGGCUCCACAGGUUGAGGGUGAGUCAGUGCAGGAGAUCAGAGUAGAGAUCAAAGGUGAAAGGUAUCAGAGAACACAGAGAAGAAAAGUCAUGUUUAAAUCCUACAACCCACUGACAUUCAUUCAGACUGAUAAACCAAUCUACAACCCCAGCCAAACAGUGAAUUUCAGAGUUGUCACUAUGGAUAAAAACUUUAUCCCCCUUAUACAAGCGUACAACUUAUUGGCUCUUGAGGAUAAUAAUGGUAACAGGAUCGGUCAGUGGACAAAUGUGUCCUCAACAGGCCUGAUAGUGCAGCUUUCUCACAAACUGAAUCCUGAGGCUCCUGAGGGCCAUUAUCAACUGCAGGCUAACAUUGCGGAUAGAGAAACCAGACAUUACUUUGAGGUGAAGAAGUACGUUUUACCCAGGUUUGAGGUUACAGUGAAAACACCAGAACAACAGAGUGUUGGAGAGGAGGAACUGAAGAUAGAGCUUUGUGCAAAGUACACUUAUGGACAGCCAGUACCUGGUAAAGCACUGGUGAAAGUGUGCGCUACACAGCAUUAUCAGGAGUAUAUCCCAUUGAUCUCAUCAUGCCUGGAUGAAACAGUGCAGAUGAAUGAGUCUGGCUGUGCCUCUGCUGUCUUCAACAUGUCAUCUUUCACUUAUCCUGAAUUUCAGCCUUAUUUGGAAAAUUAUUUAGCUGCUACUAUUACAGUGACAGAGGAAGGAACAGAUAUUUCCAUCAUAAAACCAGAACGCAUACAGCUUACUUAUGAAAUUGGUAAAACUGAGUUUCUUGAUUUACCAAAACACAUUGAACGGGACACAGUUAUAAAGGGAAAGAUCAAAGUUACAAACUUCAAUGGAAAACCAAUACCUAACAAGAAAGUAUGUCUUAUGGGAGGUCAAGGAUUUCAAGAGCUACCUCUUACAACAGAUAUUAAUGGAUUGGUCAGCUUCACAAUUAAUGCCCCUGAUCUCCCUCAAACAGAGAUUUUUCUGCUGGCACGUGUCUGUCCAGAUGAUGAAUUUCAAACAUACAGAAGACUUUUCUUUGCAGACAGUUACGUGAUUAUACCAAUCCUCCCACCUGCUACACCUUACGGUGAAUUAUCAAUAGAGAGCUUGAAGGAACCGAUUCCAUGUGGUACUAAAAUGUCCAUAAAUGUUAAGUACUACAUUGCUGGAGAAACUACAGAGAAUUACAGCACUGAUAUUAUAUACAUGGUCUUGUCUAAAGGAGCCAUAGUCCAUCAUGGUUAUGAGAAAGUUGAGGUGAAAGAAUCCAAAAAGCUCACUGAGGGAAAAGUCUCAUUCAGACUGUCUGUUGAUGCUGAACUGGCUCCUGUAGCCCAGGUUCUGGUGUACUGUGUGCUGCCCAGUGAAAACAUCAUCGCUGCUAGCAAGAAUUUUAAUGUUGAAAAAUGCUUCAGAAACAAGGUCUCACUGCAGUUCUCUCCCACUGAGGCAGUUCCUGGUGAGGAAAACACUCUCCAGCUCUCAACUCUGCCUGGUUCACUGUGUGGACUCAGUGCUGUGGAUCAGAGUGUGUUCAUCAUGGAACCAAGAAAACGCCUGAAUGCUGACAAGGUUUUUCAUUUGCUGCCAGUGACAUCAGUGUCAGAUUAUGGCUACAUACUUGAAGAUGAGCCAGGGUGUCUGCAUGUUAGAGUACAACGCAGUGCACAGGAAGACCAUGUGUAUCGUACACUAAAGCGUGUGGGGCUGAAGAUGGUAACAAAUUUGGCUGUCAGAGAAGCUCACUGUUUGAUCUACAAAGGCAGAAGAUAUGAUGGCCACCAUCAUAUUUUUGACACUACAGUGGCUGGAUUGUUUGGUCAUCUCUCUGAAUCUCAGUCUGGACCUGUUGAGACAGUUCGUAAAUUCUUCCCAGAAACUUGGAUAUGGCAACUUGCUGAAGUGGGAGACUCUGGAUCAGCACAGAUUCCUGUCACUGUUCCUGACACUAUCACCACUUGGGAGACGGAGGCUUUCUGUCUGUCCUCUAGAGGUCUGGGAGUGGCUCCUCCUGCUCAGCUUCGUGUCUUCCAGCCCUUCUUCCUGGAGCUCUCGCUGCCCUACUCCAUCAUCCGGGGAGAGGAGUUUGAGCUGAAGGCCACUGUCUUCAACUAUCUCUCCAAGUGCAUUAUGGUUAAAGUGACUCCAGCUCCUUCCUCACACUACACUCUGAAACCCUCCUCUGAUGGAGAGUAUUCAUCCUGUCUGUGUGCAAAUGGUAGAAAGACCUUCAAAUGGAAUCUUGUUCCCUCUGUGCUUGGGGUCUUGAAUGUGACAGUCAGUGCUGAGGCAGAACAGUCACAGACUGUGUGUGACAAUGAGAUUGUGAGUGUGCCUGAGAGAGGCCGCAUUGACACAGUCACACGAAGCCUUCUUGUACAGGCUGAAGGAAGUGAGAAGACCACAAGCCAGAGUUGGUUGCUGUGUCCACAGGGAAACAGUGUUUCAGAGGAGCUGGAGCUGGUUCUUCCUGAAGAUGUGAUCGAGGGAUCAGCACAAGCUUCAGUUUCAGUGCUUGGAGACAUACUGGGCCGUGCCUUAAAGAAUAUUGAUGGACUGCUGAAGAUGCCAUAUGGCUGUGGGGAACAAAACAUUGCUAUUCUUUCCCCCAACAUCUACAUUCUUCAGUACCUCGAGAACACUGGACAGCUCACUGCAGCCAUUCGUGAGAGAGCUAUUGGUUUCCUUAAGAGUGGAUAUCAGAGGCAACUGAACUACAAGCAUUAUAAUGGUGCAUACAGCACAUUUGGCAGCGGAGAGGGGAAUACAUGGUUAACUGCUUUUGUACUGAGGACUUUUGGCAAAGCACAGCGUUACAUCUUUAUUGAUCCACGAAACAUUGACAGUGCAAAGCAAUGGCUGAUAAGUAAUCAGACACCAGAUGGCUGUUUUAUAAGACAAGGACGACUGUUCAACAAUAGAAUGAAGGGUGGUGUAAAUGAUGAUGUGACCAUAACAGCUUACAUCACUGCAUCAUUGCUUGAACUGGGCCAUACGUCCAAGGAUCCUGUUGUGAGUAAAGGAUUAUCAUGUUUAAAGUCUUCUAUUGGCAACCUAACAAACACCUACGCCGCUGCACUGCUGGCCUACACUUUCAGUCUCGCUAGUGAGAACGAUAUUUGUACGCAGCUGCUGAAGAAGUUGGAUAAUGUUGCCAUUUCAGCAGAUGGUCACCUUCACUGGUCUCAGUCUGCAUCAGAUGACUUUGACUCAUUGUCAGUGGAGAUCAGCUCCUAUGUUCUGCUAGCUGUUCUCACUACAGCUGAAGUCACUGCUGCUGAUUUAGGCUAUGCUAACAGGAUUGUUAGCUGGCUGGUGAGGCAGCAAAAUCCCUAUGGAGGCUUCUCUUCCACCCAGGACACAGUGGUGGCCCUCCAGGCUCUGGCUCUAUACUCCACCAAAGUGUUCAGCUCUGAUGGCUCCAGCACAGUAACUGUGCAGUCAGAAGACAAAGAGAGUCACCACUUUGAUGUGAACCAGAACAACAAGCUAUUGUACCAAGAGAGACCACUACAUGUUCCUGGCAAAUACAGCAUUUUGGUGAAGGGCUCUACCUGUGUUACUGUACAGAUGGUGCUUUUCUACAAUAUCCCCCCACCUGCUGAAACCAGUACAUUACACAUCAAGGCUAAAACUGAAGGAGAUUGUACAAAAUCAUUUGGACAAACUCUGGCCAUCAACUUCACAGUCACAUAUAAUGGGGCUCUAAACAGUACUAACAUGGUGAUAGUGGAUAUAAAGAUCUUGUCAGGAUUCACAGCAGAUCCAAAUGAUCUAAAAAACAGCCCACUUGUGGAGCGAGUCGAUUCCAAAGAUGACCAUGUACUCAUGUAUAUGGAAGAGGUACCAAGGGAUAUUCCUAUAAAUUAUCAGCUACAUCUUAAACAGGUGCUUUCAGUCAAAAACCUCAAACCAGCUGUGAUCAAAGUUUAUGAUUACUACCAAACAAGUGACCAGUCUGAGACAGAGUACUCCUCCCCCUGUGUGUGAGCACUCAGACCUGCAGCCUCACAGUAUGAGACACAGAAAACACUGACACUGUCUGUAUAUCGGUUUUACUUUCUGUUCUCAAGAGAUAACGGAAUAUAACUAUUUUUGCUCAAUAAAUAUGGAUGUCAAGCAACUCAUGUGCUGCUUCGUUGUUGUAACCAGUGAAAUAAAAGGACAAAAUUAAGA